AUGUCUUCUUUAAGGACUUUGGCGCGACUGGCGCGUACCACACAGCGAACUCCUUCUGUCAGGCCGCGCUGUACUCUUCUCCAAGUGCGUCAUGCUUCAUACUAUAAUGCGGAUGUUGCGGGUCUCACCAACGACGAAAGCUUGUUCAGGACUGCAGUAAUAGAAUUUGCUGAGAAGGAGGUUGCACCCCGUGCCUCAGAGAUUGACAAGAUGAAUACAUUUCCACCAGACCUUUGGGAGAAAUUGGGUUCAAUGGGUCUUCUUGGUGUAACAGUCGCGCCGGAAUAUAAUGGUCUUGGCCUUGGAUAUUUCUACCACACCUUGGCCAUGGAAGCCUUGUCAACAGCUUCGGGAUCUGUGGCUCUUUCUUAUGGUGCUCACUCGAAUCUAUGCGUCAACCAAAUUCAUCGCCACGGAACAGAGGAGCAAAAAGCCAAAUACCUGCCGGAUCUAGUAAAUGGGGUGAAGGUUGGGAGCUUGGCCAUGAGUGAAACUGGAAGUGGAAGCGAUGUCGUCAGCAUGAAGCUGAAAGCUAAGAAAGUAGCUGGUGGAUGGAGCUUGACCGGCAACAAGUUCUGGAUCACCAACGGGCCUGUUGCAUCUACCCUUGUGGUAUAUGCAAAGACGUCGCCCGAAAAGGGGUCGAAAGGUAUUACCGCGUUUAUUGUUGAAAAUAUUUUCGAUGGAUUUUCGACAAGCCCGAAGCUGGACAAGUUCGGUAUGAGAGGAAGCGACACAUGCGAGCUGGUCUUUGAUAGCUGUGUUGUACCUGAUUCCAACAUUCUAGGUAAAGUAGACCAAGGAGCCGGUGUUCUCAUGUCUGGGUUAGAUCUAGAGCGAAUUGUGCUCAGUGGUGGGCCACUUGGAUUGAUGCAAGCGGCCUUUGAUUAUGCUGUGGAGUACGUCCAUGACCGGAAACAAUUCGAUAAACCGGUUGGGACUUUCCAACUAAUGCAAGCUAAAAUCGCAGACAUGUAUACCAAACUGAACGCCAGCAGAUCUUACGUGUACGCCGUUGCAAAAGCUUGUGACCAGGGAAAAGUCAGCCGAAAAGAUUGUGCAGGAGCGAUCUUGCACUCGACAGAGAAGGCUGUCGAGGUUGCACUGGAGGGAAUGCAGUGCCUCGGUGGAAACGGCUACAUCAACGACUACCCGAUGGGUCGGAUCGUCAGAGAUUCUCGAUUGUACACAGUUGGGGCAGGGACGCAAGAGAUUCGACGAAUGUUGAUAGGAAGAGAAUUUAACGAGCAGUUGCUUAAAUAAAAUUACUAGCGAGGCCACCCACGGAAACUCGUCGAUUUUCAGUAUGCUGGCACCUCAAAAAUGUU